AUGUCGAUUCUUUAUUAUACACUUAACAAUCCAGUUUUUACUAAUUUUGCUUUUUAUUCAACGGCAUCAGCUGUUAAAAUGAUGAGCAUGUCUCUAUUAACAGUGGCCAAACGUUUAUCUAAAGAUGUUUUUGCUAAUCCGGAAGAUCUUGCCUUGGCUAAAAAUAAAUCGGCUGUCACUACAACAAGCGAUCCAGAUGUUGAACGUGUUCGUCGUAAUCAUUUAAACGAUAUUGAAAAUAUAAUACCAUUCGUACUUGUUGGCGUAUUUUAUGUCAGUACGAAUCCUGAUCGUAAUACUGCUCUCUGGCAUUUUCGAAUCUUUUUUAUUUCACGUAUACUUCAUACACUUACCUAUCAAUUGGCUUUACCACAACCAAGUCGAUUCAUCAGCUGUGCUAUUGGAUAUGCUGCAACACUUUCAAUGGCUGCACGUGUUCUUCUAACAGCUCGUCCAUAG